AUGAUCCUUGGCCCAGGUGAAGCUAUCCGAGAGCUUCCUGUAAUCACCUCCUCUCUGUUUUUGUUCUGGGAUUUUGCUGCAUUUGUGAAUUUCGGAAUCAAAAAAAUGGAUUUCCAAUUAUUCCGAAACCGUAUCCCCACUGCUCUGCCAGGCUUAACAUACGAGUACGGUAUGUUUCUGAUUUCCAUCCGUUUUCUUUCGAAUCUUGUCCCAAUUUUGGUAACUCGGUGAUGCUUUUAGUGGACGUUCAUGUCCGGUAUGAUCAACUGGGCCGAAAUCUCUUCAUCUCCGGAACAGUCUCUUGUAAGAUUCGGUGUAUUUCAAUUCCAAUUACGUGCACUUUCAGUUGGCGAUUACGUAGUUCAACGGAACCCCAUAAGUUGGAUUGAUUCCCACAAUUGCAGCUUGUUUGAUGCCGCGGGGGCCCGGUUUGAUUUGUGGAUCGGGAACGGGGCAAACGUAUUUCCUACGUUUCAAGUGUGGAGUCUAAGCAGAUGGGUAGGGUGUUGAUUCUUUCAAAAAUUAUUCGGCAAUUCGAAUUGUAGAUGAACCUGAACCCCAUGCCGGAUUGGGGAGUUCCUGGAUUCUCAUACUCGGCCGCCGACCACCCCUACAACGCGGUGGCAGAUUUUGUUGCCGCGGGGCUGGUGGAGCCGGAUCCAGAUGGUAGGCUUUGUUUUUCGGCUUUUCUUUUGCUGUGUAGUUGUGAUUGGGGUUACUCUGGUUUCCCUGCUUUUAGAGCCGAGCGGUCCACCGACUCCCAACUCCAUGGACUGA